AUGCCAAAUCGCAAAACACAUCCUAGGCAAAGUGAGAUGCCAGAUGAGGAAGCAAAUGUAAAUAAUAGAAUUUUUAGUAAAACUAAAGAGUGGAGAGUUAGUAGAUUCAAUGGCUCAGAAGAUAUAACUGAGUAUUUUUGUCAAUUUGAAAUAACCGCAAAAGUAAAUAAGUGGACAUCACAGGAAAAAGCACUAUCCCUUUUGCAUGCACUAGAUGGGAAAGCAAGAGGUGUAUUUCACGAAUUGCCAGAUAUUGACACAGUCACGUAUAACGAGAUUAAAGAGCUGUUGUUUAAACGAUUUGGACCAUCAAACUAUUCAGAAACACACGAGUAUAGUUUAUCGCAGCUUAGAUUACAAAAAGGUCAGAACAUUCGAGAUGUGUCUCAGGAAGUUAACAGACUAUCAAGACUAUCCUAUCCAGAGUUAAGUAACGGCAUGAGAGAAAAGUUUGCAGUAAAACAUUUAAUUAAUGCUAUUGGUAAUAAAGAAAUCAUGUUCUAUGUAAAGGACAAAGAACCAAAAACAUUAGACGAAGUAUGUCAGCUAUAUGAAAAAUAUAAAGUUUUAUCAGAUGAUGGCAAGAGAAGUCAUUCGAGAUCUUUAAUUCAGAUAGUUCAAGAUAAUGACGAGUUUGAUGAUAAGAAAUCCAAUGUUGUUAAACAGGAUGAUCCAAUUACAAAUAUGAAUAACAAAAUAGAAAAAUUGUUCAGCAUGAUUGAUGAGAUUAAACGAGAUAAGUUUGAAAACAGAAAUAACAGUCAGAGAAAAGAUGUUAACAAUAAGUUUGGAAAUAAUAAUAAUUUUAUCAGAAACAACAGUACGAUUGACCAAAGAAAAAGUAGUUACCAGCAAAAUAAUAGAAACUUCAGUCAAGCGAACACUAAUAACUUCAGACAAAAUGUUGGUAGUUGCAAAAAUACGACGAGAUUAAAUCGAAAUGUACAAACAGUAAAAACACCCUUCAAGUGUAACCAUGAUAAGGAAGCAUUAGUUCAUUUAGAAGCUGUAUUUAGAAACAAACAUUUAAAAUGUCUACUAGAUAGUGGUGCAGAUGUGAAUCUUUGUCCAAAGAAAUUUGUUGAUGAUUUGAAAAUUUUGAAAAGUAAUAAAGAAUUAUAUGCAGUUAAUAACAUGGAGUUAAUUGUAAACGGAACAAUUACACUGCCAUUAGAACUUAAGUAUCAGAAGAUUCUUACAACUUUCUAUGUGUCACCAAACGUUGAUCAUAUAAUUUUAGGAAAGAAUUGGUUAUAUGAUAACAACUGCAUUUGGAACUUUGGAAGGAGUAGUAUUGAAAUAAACGGAAAAGGUUACAAUCUCGUAAAAUCUAGACAAGAAACAGAUAUAAGAUGCAUUUCGAAAGUUACAGCUGUCAUCCCACCCCGCAGUGAAAUGUUCAUUCAGACGUUUAUAGAAAAAUCAAAUUUGAAGCCUUUAGGACAGAAUACAGCAUGGUCAACUAGCAUAAAUAAAAUCAAAAACAAUUUGCUAACUGCGAGAUCAUUAAUUGAUGUCAAUAAAUUCUACGAGUACGUCUACGAGUAUUAG